CGGAGGAGCACAGCUGUGUCUGGCUGCAGGGCCAAGAGCGCUGUCAAGAAGAGCACACGCCCCCCUCCAGCAACUGAAUUCCUGCAGCUCAGCAGCCGCCGCCAGGGCAGGUCGAACCGCCAAUCGCAAGGCACCUCUGAGAACUUCAGGAUGCAGAUGUCUCCAGCCCUCGCCUGCCUAGUCCUGGGCCUGGCCUUCGUCUUUGGUGAAGGGUCCACCGUGCACCAUCCCCCAUCCUACGUGGCCCACCUGGCCUCAGACUUCGGGGUUAGGGUGUUUCAGCAGGUGGCGCAGGCCUCCAAAGACCGCAAUGUGGUUUUCUCACCCUAUGGGGUGGCCUCGGUGUUGGCCAUGCUCCAGCUGACAACGGGAGGAGAAACCCGGCAGCAGAUCCAAGCGGCCAUGGGAUUCAAGAUUGAUGACAAGGGCAUGGCUCCUGCCCUCCGGCAUCUGUAUAAGGAGCUCUUGGGGCCGUGGAAUAAGGAUGAGAUCAGCACCACAGACGCGAUCUUCGUCCAGCGAGAUCUGAAGCUGGUCCAGGGCUUCAUGCCCCACUUCUUCAGGCUGUUCCGGAGUACAGUCAAGCAGGUGGACUUUUCAGAGGCGGAGAGAGCCAGAUUCAUCAUCAACGACUGGGUGAAGACACACACAAAAGGUAUGAUCAGCGACUUGCUUGGGAAAGGAGCCGUGGACCAGCUGACACGGCUGGUGCUGGUGAAUGCCCUCUACUUCAACGGCCACUGGAAGACCCCCUUCCCCGACUCCAGCACCCACCGCCGCCUCUUCCACAAAUCAGAUGGCAGCACCGUCUCUGUGCCCAUGAUGGCUCAGACCAACAAGUUCAACUAUACUGAGUUCACCACGCCUGAUGGCCAUUACUACGACAUCCUGGAACUGCCCUACCACGGGAACACCCUCAGCAUGUUCAUUGCUGCCCCUUAUGAAAAACAGGUGCCUCUCUCUGCCCUCACCAACAUUCUGAGUGCCCAGCUGAUCAGCCACUGGAAAGGCAAUAUGACCAGGCUGCCCCGCCUCCUGGUUCUGCCCAAGUUCUCCCUGGAGACUGAAGUUGACCUCAGGAAGCCCCUAGAGAACCUGGGAAUGACCGACAUGUUCAGACAAUUUCAGGCGGACUUCACGAGUCUUUCAAACCAAGAGCCUCUCCACGUUGCGCAAGCGCUGCAGAAAGUGAAGAUCGAGGUGAACGAGAGUGGCACGGUGGCCUCCUCAUCCACAGCUGUCAUAGUCUCAGCCCGGAUGGCCCCCGAGGAGAUCAUCAUGGACAGACCCUUCCUCUUUGUGGUCCGGCACAACCCCACAGGAACAGUCCUUUUCAUGGGCCAAGUGAUGGAACCCUGACCCUGGGGAAAGACACCUUCAUCUGGGAUGAAACUGGACAUGCAUCGGGAAAGAAGAAACUCCGAAGAAAAGAAUUUUAGUGUUAAUGACUCUUUCUGGAGGAAGAGAAGACAUUUGCCUUUUGUUAAAAGAUGGUAACCCAGAUCUGUCUCCAAGACCUCAGCCUCUCCUUGGAGGACAUUUAGGUCAAAAUCUCUAGUCUCCACCUGGAACCCUGGGAGACUACUCCCUUAAGGUCUCCAAACCAGACGGUGACGACUGCGGGACCAUCUGGGGCACCUGCUUCCGCCUGUCUCUCUGCCCACUCGGGUCUGCAGACCUGGUUCCCACUGAGGCCCUUUGCAGGACGGAACUACGGGGUUUACAGGAGCUUUUGUGUGCCUAGUAGAAACUAUUUCUGUUCCAGUCACAUUGCCAUAACUCUUGUACUGUCUGCCACCGUGGAGGAGGCUGGUGACAGGCCAAAGGCCAAUGGAAGGCCUUUCAUCUCAGAGUCCAUUCUGGCACUGGCCACCCCUCCCCAGUACAGGGGUGCUGCACGUGACAGAGUGAAUGUCCCCCAUCACGUGGCCCAACCCCUCCUGGCCUGGCUGUCUCCCUCCCCAGAAACAGUGUGCAUGGGUUAUUUUGGAGUGUAGGUGACUUGUUUACUCAUUGAAGCAGAUUUCUGCUUCCUUUUAUUUUUAUAGGAAUAGAGGAAGAAAGGUCAGAUGUGUGCCCAGCUCUUCACCCCCCAAUCUCUUGGUGGGGAGGGUUGUACCUGAAUAUUUAUCAUAUCCUUGCCCUUGUGUGCUUGUUAGAGAGAAAGAGAACUAUUAAGGAAAAUAAUAUUAUUUAAACUUGC